AUGGCUUCCACUUUGUUAAGGAUAGGAUUAAGGAACGUUAAUGGUAUCUUAGAAAAACAUUUGGGUGUACUAUCAAUUUGUCUCAAUGGUGCCCAAAAUAGUGGCGUGAAUUUACUGCAUACACAAAGUCUGAUUGGCCAAACGACAAAUACAUUAGUGAAGAAGAAAGCCCAAGAAUAUUCCCUACAAAACUGCCGAAGGUAUUCCGAUAAAAGGGCGACCAAGGGACGCCAACAAAGUGAUUCUGAUAGUGAUUCGGAUAGCGAUGACGAGGAUCCCAAAAGAGACAGGGGUUCAAGUGCAUUUUGGAGAAGAAAAAUGCGAACCUUGCAUGGAAUUAUGGACGUCAACAAGGACGGAAUCUGGUCCUACGAUGAUGUACUAUUGAUGACUGAACGUUUUACAGCUUUGGGACAUCUUUCCGAUGCUGAGAGCGAAGAAUUCAAAAAUAUUAUGACGCGCACAUGGGAGGAGCAAUGGGGCGAGGUAUCUCCUUACAAUUUGGUAACAGUUGAAAAAUACUUGGAAGAAAUGCAUCACAUGUUGAAUGAUAAAGAUCUCAAAAAGAAGAUUUCUAGUUUCCUGCCAUAUUUAUUCAAGGCUGUUGACAAAGAUAAAUCAGGAUACAUAUCCGUGCAAGAGUUCAAAUUAUUCUUUGCCUGUCUCGGUCUAUGCCAGGACGCUGCAGCUGUUUCCUUUGCAAUUAUCGACACAAACCAAGAUGGAAAAUCUAUGAAGGAAUUUGUUAAGCAUGGCAGAGAAUUCUUUGUUACUGAAGACGAAAAUAGAAUCUCAAAAAUGUUCUGGGGCCCACUUUUGGAACGCUAA